AUGUCGUUCUUUACUAAUCCCCCUCGUCGCGGUAGACAUGAUGCCGGCUCUGGACUCUACCCCCCGCCACAAACUCAGGCUACUGAUUUGCCCAAAGAGUCUCCCGUGACUCUUCUGAAUAUCACGAAGCUCAAGUCAGAGUCUAGCCUUACGGUCUGGGGCAAUGAGAUCAUUCAUGUCUUGCGACCUCUCAAGCUCGAUGCGCUCGUGGCCAGUGAUCUUCCGAGGCCCCACCCAGAAGACCCCGACUACAGCAAAUGGAAGUUCUGGACUCUUGUUGUUGCUAGAUGGCUAUUCAAUCAGGUGGAUACCUCAAUUCAACACAAAGUGAAGGCACACUCAAACGACCUCGCUUUCGCCGAUGAGAUAUUCAACGCAAUCAAGCUGUUGAGUCUUCACAGCCAGUCUAAGUUCCUUGCGAAUGAGGUGAAGCGAUGGGAAGAGCUCAAACGAGAGAAUUUCUCUACGCCCGCGGAAUUCAUCAUGGCUUACCAAAAUCAGUACAAUCGUCUGAAGACAGAAAACCAUGAGCCGUCUUGUGAUUUUGCCCUUGGCAGACUUCUGCAAGAGCUUCACGGAGAAGUGAUGAAGGUUCCGUUCAUCCAAGAAGAGGUCAAGGAUUUGAGACGGCCCGUGAACUAUCAACUUUUCGUUUAUUACUGCAAAGUCUUGAUCGAUGAAUCCCGCAAGCCCACCGUUUCAGCCGGCCCCUCUGCUUCUGAGGAUGCCAGUGUGGGGAUUUAUGGAGAAUUGAGAGGCCGAAGCUCAAGCCAUGGACGUGACAUCUCCUACCGCGGCUGGAGACAAAGCACCAAGGGACGCGGCCCGGCAUGGGAAUAG